CCGGAACCACGUGUAGUGCCCUGAUGUAAACAAAACAACAUUUUUUUUGUGAAGUGAGAUAGUAAUUUAUAAAAGUAUUAACAAUGGCAAAAGCUAGCUUGACACAGAUGGAGAAAAUAAUCAGCUUGUUACAUAAAUCAUCAUUUGUAAAGAGAAAUAGAAAUAAGGGAAAGUUCAGUAGCUAUACAUUUGGUCCGGCAGGAGUCUUAACAUCUAGAAAUCUCAACCAAUUAUUAUGGGACAGUUUAGUCACUUCACAGAUAGAUACUUAUCCUGUAGAGAACUCUGUCUUCAGGAACACAGAUGAACCAAAGCAACUUAGAAGUAAUCUAUCUCAAGGUACAUUACAGCAUUUACCAGAUAUACUACAACUAGUCAACUACACUUUACCGUUUGCUAUAGUACAAAGAGGACAGACUUUCCCUGAGUCUCUGGCAACACAAUAUGAUGAUAAGUUUUUAUUUGACUCCUCAGUUCAGACAAGCAUUGUUCUACAGUACUUUUGCAGCCCUAGUUCAGCUCUACAGUCCUUUGAUCAGUGGAUUCAACAGAGAUUAUUGUGGUGGAGAAAGUAUGCUAGUGAUCCAGCACAGAUUUCCUGUUCAGAGUUGGAGACUUUAAAUGAAAAUACAAGUAGGGCAUUCAUACAGUGUCAGUUUCCAUGGGGACAAGAUAAUGUUGAGGAAAUUAUCAGUAGGGGAAGUAACCCAGUCAGUGACCUUCAGGAGACCACAAAAGUUAAAUUACAAUGUGCAAAUGGAAAUAAAAGUUACACCCCUCAUUUGAUAGAGUGUAGUACAGUAUUAGAACAUUGUCUGAUGGCUUGUUUAUGUGAUGCUUAUACAGAAAGUACAGCUCAAACAGGAAAGAAAUCUCUACCUACUGAGAAAUUAAACUUGCAUCCAAAGAUUGCUCCAUACAAGUUGUCAAUAGUCAGUUCAUCUAAAUCAAGAUCAAAUGAAAUACAGGAAGUUGCAUCAUAUCUAAAUAAAGAUUUAAGGAAUGCUGGGAUUGAUGUAUUUCAUGCAAAAGAUUCCCUCUCAGUUGAAGAUCAGUUUAUAAGAAAUGAUAUGAUGGGCCUGCCAUACACUGCUAUUCUAAGUGAAGGGACAUUAGAUUCAGGAACCAUUGAACUUAGAAAUAAAGAUACUACAUUAAAGGAAAAAAUUCACUUGACACAGCUGAAAGAGAUUAUUUUAAAGAACAUUGACUUCUGACA